AUGCCGGGCGCAGUUAAGAGCCUGAAAGUUACUUACAACGAUGUCAGCGAAAGAAAUGUUUUUACUAACGGCGACACCGUGACUGGACAAGUCGUUUUGGAAGUGACCAAAGAUUGUGGACUGGAGCGAGAGACACGGCCAAACUACUGUCACUUACCAGUCAAAGGACAAGUAUUUCAGCAUCAAACAUUACUUUAUUCGAGACGGAAACGCCACUGGUACGAUGAUCAGUCACAACUGACCAAUCGGCAUGGAGAAACAUACAGUAAUUUACUUGCUGCAGGAUCUCAUAUUUUCCCCUUCACAUUUCAGUUCCCUUUGCAGGAAAUGCCCUCGUCCUUCAAGGGGUCUGUUGGUAAAAUUGUGUACCUGCUGGAAACCAGGCUGAGUAGAUCCAUGAGGAUACGCUCAAAAGAUACCAUCAAGAUUCCCUUUGUGACACAAGCGGUCCCCACCAUGUUGGAGGAAAUCUUGACACCUCAGCAUGAAUCUAAAGAUAAAAAGAUGCGUUUUUUCAACUCCGGAACUGUUGCUAUGGAUGUCAACAUUGAAAAAUCCGGUUUCUUCCAAGGAGAGGGCAUCAAUGUUUUAGCCUCCAUUCAGAACAACUCCACACGUGAAAUCAAACCCAAGUAUUGCAUCUACAGAAAGCACAGCUUCUUUGCAAGUGGAAAGAGGAAACUUGAUACGAAAGACCUCUUGAAGGAGGUGGGGGAGCCUAUUCCUCCAUCGGCCAGCCAAACAGUCAAAAGAGUCAUCACAGUCCCCCAUGACCUGGAACCUAGCAUCCUCAACUGUAAAAUCCUGAAAGCAGAGUACAGACUCAGGGUGUAUUUGGAUGUCAAGUUCGCAUCAGACCCAGCAAUCAAAUUUCCCAUAACCAUACUUCCAGCUGCUCAAGCAUCUGCUGUGGCAGCAAGCGCGCCGUCUACCGCUGCUGGAUUUGGAUUUGGAUCAUUUGGAUACCAAAACCCACCAGCCAGGGACACUUUCAAUCCUCCACCUCCUUAUGAAUUUUAUAGCAUGUACCCUUCUUUAAAAUAAUGGAUUUUGAUGGUCAAUGACAUUCUCAACACUUCGGCUACUUACUGCUCAUUUCAAAUGUUGACCCAUUGUACUUACUUAAUGUAAGAUAUUUUUUUAGAUGUGUGAGAAAAGCUCCAGUGGUCUUGCAUAUAUUCCUGAGAUUGCUCUUUUUGCUCAUCCAACAGAAAUAACUGCAGCCGUUAUCCCACACUGGUUUGUUGGUUGCUUGGUUGGUUGGUUGGAUUGCCAUACCUGAAUUGAGUGUUCCAAACUAGUACGUGAAUGUCUUUGUCGGAAUACAUCUCUCUUCUUUUCCCUCUCGGUUAUGAGUUCAGACAGGUCCUUUCAUGCAUUCUUAAAAGGAUUAGUGCUAGCAUAUAUUUGGUCAGUUGGAGGUGUCUCUGAAUGCAGAGGAAAAGGAAACACGUUGUUCCGUCUUUUGUCUUUGGGUCACAAGUUCAAAAUGUGUUGAAAAGGAAUGUUGCAAUAUGUUAAAGUUACUUUGCCUUUGGCCAUUUUGCGUGAUCCAUCGGAAGUGUUACAGUCACAUAUAGAAAAAUAGUAAAAAUUUGUAAGUCAGAGACAAACGAGAUACCGUAAUCUUACAUUGGGAAAAAGUAGCAAAGCGGGUCUGUUUGUUGGUAGACUGAAAAAAAAUAGUCAUGAAUUAACUUUAUGCAAACAUAUACAAUGGUUGCACAAGAUUAAAAUGUGUUAAACUGGUAUGUUGUUUUCAAGAAGAGGGGAAAAUUGCAUUUGUAUACCACAUUUUAUUCACGUGCAACCAGUGUACAUGAUCAAAU